AUGGUCAUGGAAAAGAAACUAUUUCUUCUUCUUGUUCUUGCUCUCCUAGCCUUUCCUUCCCUCAUAAGUUGUCAACUUGAAUCUCUACCGUUGUAUGAUCUUACUACCUUAAACCGAAGUAGCUUUCCUCAAGGUUUCAUUUUCGGGGCUGCUACUGCAGCUUAUCAGUAUGAAGGUGCAGCAUCCGAAGCUGGCAAAGGCGUGAGUAUUUGGGAUAAAUUUACUAGCGAACAACCAUGGAAAAUUGCAGACGCUAGUGAUGGCAAAGUUGCACUUGAUUCUUACAAUCGUUACAAAGAAGACUUAGAGAUAUUGGAUAGCAUGGGCAUGGAUGCAUACAGAAUGUCAAUCUCAUGGACUAGAAUAUUACCCAAGGGAUCAUUGAAAGGUGGUAAAAAUGAGGAAGGCAUCCAACAUUACAGAAAACUAUUUGAUGACCUUGAAGCUAAAGGUAAAAAGCCUUUUGUGACUAUAUUUCACUGGGAUGCUCCUCAAGCACUUGAGGAUGAAUAUAUGGGUUUCCUCAGUCCUCAUAUUGUGAAAGAUUACGUGGACUAUGCAAAUAUUCUUUUCGAAGAAUUUGGAGAUAAAGUAAAACAUUGGAUUACAUUUAACGAGCCAUAUGUGUUUACUAUCGGCGGAUAUGUUAAUGGCAGUAUGGCUCCGGGUCGUUGCUCUCCUUGGUUAAAAGAGUUGAAUUGCACAGAUGGAGAUUCGGCUCUCGAACCUUAUUUAGUUGUUCAUCAUAUACUUCUUGCUCAUGCUGCCGCAGUAAAUUUAUAUAGAACAAAGUAUCAGGAAAAGCAAAAGGGUGAAAUUGGAAUCACCCAUGUUGCUGAUGGAAGGAUACCAUUCACAUUUUCAGUACAAGAUAGGGAGGCUACACAAAGGGCACGUGAUUUCAACUUUGGAUGGUUUGUGGAUCCUAUGGUUCACGGUGACUAUCCAGAGGUGAUGCGUCGCAUUGUUGGACUCCGACUUCCAAAAUUUACGAAAGAAGAAUCUACUUCGUUAAUAGGUUCAUAUGAUUUUAUCGGAGUGAAUUAUUAUACCUCCACGUACGUAUUCAAUAGAAAAAUUAUCGCCAAUCCAACUCAACAAACUUACUUCACCGAUACUCAUGGUUACACUUUAUGUAAGUGUUUAUUUAUUUAGUAAUUAUAUAAUCUCUUCACUUAAUU